AUGCUGUCACGGAUCAGCAUUGCCAGGGGAGCGGCGUCUGCGGCGGCGCGGCGGCGGGCGAUGGCUGCGCGCGCAGCGUCGUCGUCGUCGUCGUGGGCGCUCCAGCAGACGGCUGCGGUUCGGUCAGCCGCGGCAGCGACGGCGGCAGCAGCUGCGACGGCGCCUGGGACGGCCGAAACGAGUGGGAGCGCAAUGGGCCGCUACCAGCCGCUGGGAUUGGGCGCAAGUAGCAGUCAUAGCGGGAGCAGCAGCAGCAGGCGGACAAUGCUGCCGACGCCACUGCCCGAGCACGUCGUCGACUCGCACGCGGAUGCGCUCCGGCGUGCGGCAAACGGCAAGCGCACGAGGACGCGGAGCAGCAGCCAGGGCCAGCUGAGCUUUGGCGAGUUGAGCGGGGCGACGCUGCACGCCCUCGACGACGAGCACGCCAUCUUCCCGCCGAGCAAGUCGCUCGAGAGCAUCUCGAUUCUGCGCGCGUGCAUCAGCACCGGCAUGGUCGGCCGCGCCAACAAGAUCUUCAGCGACGUGCGUGCCGAGGCCUCGUACCGUGCCGCACAGGCGAGCUACUCUGCCGCUGCUUCAGCCACUCCUUCAUCUUCCUCGUCGUCUGCUGCACGAUCACCGUCGCCGCUCGACGUCGAGACGUACAACGCCAUGCUGGCCAUGUACCUCUCCCAGGCCUGGCGCGAGGACAGCGCUGCGAACCGGUCGCUGUGGGUCGAGCGCAGCUGGGACCUGUUUGCGCACAUGGAGAGCGGCGUCGACGGCGAGGGCAACAUCAAUGCCGACCCAUCGCCCAACGAGGCGACGAUUGCCGUGCUGGCCAAGGGCGUCGUGCGCAUGCUGCGCACCAACCGCUACCCCUCGCGGCACAACUCGCUCGCCUACCUGCUCGCGAGCGUGCGCCGCCUCGGCCUCGAUCUCCACGACGUCGUCCUGAACCCUUACAUGACACGGUCCGACGACGAUGCUGCUUCUGGUGGCCUCGACCACCUCGUCGUCACCCGGCGUGGCACUGGCCGCGAGAUGGAGCCCGACGCCCGCACCGUACUCCAGUAUCUCGUCGCCGCCGCUGCCGACGCGGCCGACGUUGCAGCCUCGGCCGAGCUCGACCGCGCCGCACGGACCCUCGACGCCGCGGCGCAGCAGACGGCCAGCGACGAGGCAGGCCAUGCCAUGGGCGAGCAGCAGCAGGCACAGGGCACGGCUGAGCAGCAGCAGCAGCUCACGCCGCUGCGGCCCGUCCAGGCACGCUCGCGCAAGACAGGCGAGGAAGAGGUGCCGUUCAACCUGCAGCUGCUCCAGGAGAACCUCAACGUGGUGCACGAGGCACGGGCCACGUUCAGCGACCCGUACGAGCGCCAGAAGUGGCUCGAGGAGAGCGCACUGGAGGCGGCCAAGAAGCGCCUCGCCUUCAAUGCGUCGAACCUCGAGGAGCUGGGCCUGCACAAUGCGGGCAAGCUGCAGUCGCGCCAGCUGCAGGAGUGGAUGUGGGCCUGGUUCAAGCGACUCGAGACGCGGCUGCAGGACGACCUCGAGGCAAUUCGGGCGCGCGAGGCUCAGCGCACCUCGUAUGGCAGCCGCGGCACCCCGCUCGAGGUCGAGGUCCUGCCCUUUCUCCAGCUCGUCGAGCCGAGCAAGAUGGCACUCACCGUGAUUCUCGUGCUGAUGCGCAUGAUGGGCACCGGCGGCGUCGCCCACGGCAUCAAGACGACGCGCGCCCUCAUCAGCGUCGGCCGAGCCAUCGAGCAGGAGUACCACGUCGGCCUCACACGCAGCCACCCCGAGAUUUUCACCAACGCCAAGGCAGCCCACGAGGUGCUGCGCAAGCGCGGCCUGCUCGACCACGAGGCGCGCCGCAACCUGCGCCAGUGGCAGCGCGACCAGGCGGCCGCCGGUGGCGUGGGCGGCACCGGCCAUGAGGCCGCUGCGCAGUGGUCCCAGUCCACCCGCGCCAAGGUCGGCAGCUACCUGGUCCAGCACCUCAUGGCUGCUGCCACGGUAGUCCGCCGGGGACAGGACCGCGACGGCGUGCAGUGGGUCGAGGACCAGCCGGCAUUCUACUCGGCGUACCAGUACGUGCAGGGCAAGAAGCUGGGUGUCAUCCGGGCCAACGACGUCGUGGCCAAGCGCCUCGACCGCGAGUCGCUCGGCGAGACGUUCCAUGCGCGCCACCUGCCCAUGCUCGUACCCCCACGCCUCUGGCUCAGCCACGAUUCGGGCGGCUACCUGUCGAUGAAGACGUCUGCGAUGCGCUACAAGGACUCGGCCGAGCAGGGCUCCUAUCUCCGCGAGGCGUCUGACAACCACCACCUCGAGACGGUGCUGGCGGGGCUCGACGUGCUGGGCUCCACGCCCUGGGUCGUCAACGGCAAGGUGCUCGACGUCAUGACGCGCGUGUGGAAUGCCGGCACCGAUGUGGCGGACAUGCCCCCGCUGGAGCCGGCAUCCAAGGAGCCCGAGCGGCCCGCCGACUACGAGACGGACCUCAAGGCGCGGGCCACUUACUUGGGCCGGCUCAAGCACCACCACCAGGAGCGGGCGAACAACCACUCGCAGCGGUGCGACGUCAACUACAAGCUUGAGAUUGCGCGUGCCUUUGCCGGCGAGCGCUUCUACUUCCCCCACAACAUGGACUUCCGCGGGCGCGCCUACCCGAUCCCCCCGCACCUCAACCACAUGGGCAACGACCUCUGCCGUGGGCUGCUGCUGUUUGCCGACGCCAAGCCGCUGGGCCGCUCGGGCCUGCGCUGGCUCCGCAUCCACCUCGCCAACGUCUAUGGGUACGACAAGGCGAGCUUCGCCGAGCGCGAGCAGUUUGCCAUCGACCACGAGGCCGACGUGCGCGCCGCUGUGGCCGACCCGCUCGCCGAGUCUGGUUCAGGUCGCUGGUGGCUCGCGGCCGACGAUCCCUGGCAGUGCCUCGCCACGUGCUUUGAGCUCGUCGCUGCCCUCGACCACCCCGAGGGCCCCGAGGCGUACGAGUCGCAGCUGCCCGUGCACCAGGACGGCACGUGCAAUGGCCUGCAGCACUACGCCGCGCUCGGCGGCGACCUGGCGGGCGCCAAGCAGGUCAAUCUCAGCCAGGGCGAGCGGCCGUCGGAUGUGUACACGGGCGUGGCUGACCUCGUGAUUGAGCAGCUGGCGCGCGAUGCGGCUGGCCAGAGUACCGUGGUUGACAACAGCGACGACAAGGGCGGCAGCGACGAGGGCAGCAGCGACAAGAGUAAGAGCAACGGGCAAGGGAGUGGUGAAGCACAGCGCCUCGCGCGCAUCCUCGAGGGCAAGGUCACGCGCAAGGUCGUCAAGCAGACGGUCAUGACGACCGUCUACGGCGUCACGUUCAUCGGCGCCAAGAACCAGGUGCAGCGCCAGCUGGCGGACCGGGGCGACAUUGCGCACGAGGAUCUGUGGCAGGCCGCCUCGUACCUGGCCAAGGUCAUUAUGAACUGCAUCGGCGACCUCUUUACGGGCGCCGAGCUGAUCCAGCACUGGCUGCAUGAGAGCGCCUUUCUGAUCGCCAAGAGCAUCCCGCCUGCGCGCAUACAGGCCAUGGACGGCCUCGCUGCUGCCGCUGCUGGUGGCAGUAGCGCUGGAGACAGCGACGCUGCUCGUUUGACGGCGACGACAAAGGCGCGCGCGCUCGACGAGGCCAGCAAGCGCGAGCAGAUGACGUCGGUCAUCUGGACCACGCCCCUCGACCUGCCCGUCGUGCAGCCGUACCGCAAGGUGACGCGGCGCCAGGUCAUGACGGCCAUGCGCACCGUCUUUCUCCACGACCCGCAGACGAACACGCAGGUGUCGCCGCCGAAGCAGGCGAGCGCCUUUCCGCCCAAUUUCAUCCACAGCCUCGAUGCGACGCACAUGAUGCUUACCGCGCUCGAGUGCCGCCACAUCGACCUGACGUUUGCCGCCGUGCACGACAGCUACUGGACGCACGCGUGCGACAUUGACACGAUGAGCGAGCUGAUCCGCGACACGUUUGUGCGCCUGCACAGCCGCAAUCUGCUCGGCGAGCUGCGCGACGAGUUCCUGGACCGCUACCGUGGGUUCCGCGUGCCGCGCGAGGCGGCCGACAAGCUGCGAGCGCGCCGCGAGCAGCGCGCCGCCAAGCGUGGGCUGGCCUCGGCGGGCGAGAUGGAGCGCCAGGCGCGCCUCCUCGAUUUGGACAACGAUGGCGAGGAAGCCAACAGCGAGGAAGUCACAGGCGACGCCGAGGAGAUUGGCGGCGACGACGAGGUCCACGGCAGCAGCGGCGAGGACAUCAGCAUCGACGACGGCGAAGUCAGCGUCGCGGGCGAGCAGGGAGAGGAAGUCGCAACGACGACAGCAGCAACAAAGACAAAGGGGAGGAGCAAGGCAAGGGGACGCCGCUCGCGCCAGGACCGCAGCGGGCUGCCCUACUACGUCGACCUCGGCGAGGCCCUGCCGCCGAUCCCGACCAAGGGCUCCUUUGACGUAAAGGAGACGCGCAACAGCCUCUACUUUUUCUCGUAGAUGUCUCUCCUUCAUAGACGUUUUUCACACACCAUCACCAUUCCUCAUUCAUCCAUUCAUCCACUCAUCCAUCAGUAAUUCCAAUGUGCAAUGUGACCAUUUUUCAAUUCCAUCUUGUCAGACU